GUCAGCAGCUCACAGUCAGCUGGUGGAGCAGAUCAUGGUGCUGGAGCAGAGCAGCAGGACGGGUGCAGGGCCGAGGCCGGGACACUCUCACAGGUCAGAGCCCACUCCUCAAAUACUAAAAAUGUUCAAUAACUCCAGCUACCCCUUCAACUGCUUCAACUACGAUGGGGACGGAUACCCCUCCUCCAGCACGGACGAGGAGAAGAAGAUGUGCCGACCUGCGUACAGCUACAUCGCCCUGAUUGCCAUGGCGAUCCAGCAGAGCCCCGAGCAGCGCGUCACUCUGUCGGGGAUCUACGAGUUCAUCAUGAAGAGGUUUCCUUACUACCGCUCCAACCAGAGAGCCUGGCAAAACUCCAUCAGACACAACCUGUCCCUCAACAGCUGCUUCAUCAAGGUUCCUCGCACGGAGGGCAACGAGAAGGGAAAGGGAAACUUCUGGACGUUUGCCACCGGCUGUGAGUCCAUGCUCGACCUGUUUGAAAACGGAAACUUUCGGCGUCGCCGGCGCAGGAGGAACAUGAAGAUCGGCUUCAGAGAUUCAGCAGAAACCUCGUUCCUCCAGCCUCUGGAGAUCCACAGCGAUCAACACGUACCCCCAUCCCGGCGCCCAGAGACCCCCCUCUGCCCUCUGAACCCUGAGAGGCCGAGGCCGGACCCCCUCCUCCCAAACAACACCCAGAAACCAGAAUCAGAGAUCAAGUUCAGCAUUGACUACAUCCUGUCCACUCCGGACCCUCCUCUCCUCGGGAUCAGAUCCUCCCACGGGACCCUCCUCACAGCCGGACCCCCCGUACACCUCCUGGAGCCUCAACCACAUCUGAACCUGCACUUCUGGACUCUGUAGGUCAGGGGUGUCCAAACCUUUUUCACCGAGGGCCACAAACAGAAAAAUAUAGGAAGGGCUGGGACUCUCUGAAGACGGGGUAUAUUGCCUCAUAAGUUCAGUUAGCAAAAUCAAUGUAGGUCAAUUAUGCUUCAUAUUUGAAUAUGCUUUUAAAAAACACAGCUCUCCAGAGGGUUUCAUUUAUUGUGUUAGCAGCUCAUUCCUUAAAACAGAAGCCU